AUGGCGCGAGGCAAACUCAUAGUAUUCGAAGGCCUGGACAGAGCAGGCAAAUCAACACAAUGCGAGACACUAGUUGAAGAUUUGCAGAAUGACGGCAUCAAAGUGCGCCACAUGCGGUUCCCUGACAGGACCACGCCAAUCGGUCAAAUGAUCAACAGUUACUUGAGUGGUCAGAGCGAGCAAGACGACCAUGUUAUACAUCUCUUGUUCUCUGCGAACCGAUGGGAGGCAGUACCUUCUAUACAAGCCGAUCUCGAGGCUGGUACGACGAUCAUCGUAGAUCGCUAUUACUACAGCGGCUGCGUGUACUCUGCUGCCAAGCAGAAUCCCAGCAUGAGCCUUGAAUGGUGCCGAAAACCAGAAGUCGGGCUUCCACGACCUGACUUGUGUCUCUUCCUUGAUAUCUCCGCUGAAGAUGCAGCGAAGCGAGGUGGAUAUGGUACCGAGAAGUAUGAGAAGAAGGAGAUGCAGGACCGCGUGCGCGAGCUGUUCGAGACGAUGAUGCAGAAGAAGGAGGGCGAGGACUUCGUGCGCAUCGAUGCGGGUGAGAGUAUGAAGGAUGUGGCGGCAAAGAUCAGACAAGAAGUCGAUAGGUGUAUUGAGCGAGUCGCGAAAGGCCAACUACCGCUAAGGGCUGUGGAGGAGUGGUAG